ACUGAGUCUGAAUAAAUGAGACCAAGAAGAAGAAGCAGAGACAUCAGCGUCUCGUCGUCCAGAGUGUGGAGACACACGCACAGAUGUUGUGAUCAUGUGACCCGCGCCGCCGCUCUGCUGAUGGAGAAUAUAACAGUGGGCGUGGACAUCCUGCUCCUGGAGGGGCUGAGGGUCACGCCCCAGUCCUCCGUCCCCGCCUUCGUCCUCCUCCUCCUCAUCUACGUCUUCAUCAUGGUGUCAAACCUCGGCCUGGUGCUUCUGAUCGCCACCGAGCGCAGCCUCCAUCAGCCCAUGUACCUGCUCUUCUGCAACAUGAGCGUGAACGACGCGUUUGGGGCGUCGACUGUCAUCCCUCACCUGCUGAUGGACGUCUUCACGCCGCUGACUCAGCGCUACGUUCACUACCAUCAGUGCGUGGUGCAGGCGUUCUGCGCCCACUUCCACGGAGCCACAUCGCACAACGUGCUCACGAUCAUGGCGUUCGACCGCUACGUGGCCAUCUGCAAGCCUCUGCGCUAUGCCGCCAUCAUGAGCAACAGGAUGGUGGCGGCACUGUCGGCAUGGGCGUGGGCGGCCGCCCUCUUGAUGGUGGCGGCGCUGGUGGCCCUCAGCGCGCGCUUGUCACGGUGCAGACACAUCAUUAGGAACCCGUUCUGCGACAACGCCUCGCUGUUCAAGCUCUCCUGCGAGAACGUCCUCAUCAACCAUGUGUACGGCCUCGGUGCCGCCGCGUCCACCAUGGCGUGCUCCCUCUCCGCUGUCACGCUCACGUACCUGCGCAUCGCCACGGUGUGCUUGAGCCGCAGGGACGCGACGCUGAACGGCCGUGCGCUGCAGACGUGUGCGUCGCACCUCGCCGUCUACGUCAUCCUGCUUCUGUCGGGCAACGUCAUCCUCAUCCUGCACCGCUUCCCGCAGCUCUCCCAGCACAGGAAGCUCGCCUCCGUCCUGUUCCACGUGGUCCCGCCCGCCAUGAACGCCGUCAUCUACGGCCUGCAGAUCAAAGUGGUGCGGGAGAAAAUCGUCGUCAUCUUCAGCAAGAAGAAGUCGCAAAACGGAGCGGAGAAACGAGCAAGUUGAAGAAACGUUGUGCUGUGACAGCAAUCGAGCUGUCACACCAAACCUCACAGCUAAAAUCACUGAGUUCACUGUCACUUUAAAUCCACCAUCACUGACCGCUAUAUCGCAAAACCUGACAGACUGAAUGUCUCUGAUCCUUAUUAUAUUAUUAUUAUUAUUAUAAUGUUUGUGAACAGGUGGACUGCUGUGGAGGGGCCCCUCAGCCCCUCAGCUCUGCCCACCCCAUUACAACAGCCCUGCUGCUAAAAAAAUAAGCAAAUGUUUUCAAUGAGAAUAAUUAAAGAGACAUAAAUGUUUCUUUGUUUCUUAAAUUAAUUGUUGUUACACGUUCUAUUGAUAUUUUCUGAGACAAUAUGAAACACAUUCACUUGCGUUCUCCCUCUUUAUUUAUAAUAUGUACCUGCUAAAUAAAUAAAUAAAUAUCAAUUGGACCCGAAACAUCA